AUGAGAGAACCGGCAGGCGUCCCGUCGAAAAUGCACCUUGGUAAGCUCAGCUUGGGGCACAGCGGACGGGGUCAGAACGACGAGGACGAAACACACGCAGCAUCUGCGCAAGGGCACGAGGAGCAUUUUGCGACGAGGUCAGCACGACUGGACGGUGGCGUGGCGGCAUGGACGCAGGUUGGAAUGGCUUUUCUCGUCGUCUUCAGCACACAGGGCUACUUCAACUCCUUUGGUGUCUUUCAGUCGUACUACGACAUGAGCCUUAGCCACGCAGGGCCCUCCGCCGUCUCCUGGAUUGGCUCCGUGCAAGUUUGGCUCGUGUUUGGUCUUGGAACGGUGUCUGGACGCGCGGUCGACGCAGGCCGCUUUCACACAGUAUACAUAAUCGGCUGCUUCCUCCAACUGGCUGGUAUCUUCAUCGCAAGCCUGGCCAAGGAGUACUGGCAGGUGUUCCUCUCGCACGGGGUCUGCGUUGGCCUGGGGGCCGGCUUGAUGUUUGCCCCGACGCUGGCUGUUCUCACGUCGUAUUUCCUGACCAGACGUUCGACGGCAUUGGCGCUGACGACCUGCGGCGGCGCGUCCGGAGGUGCGUUCUUUCCGCUGCUGGUACAUCAUCUGAUCCCGCGAGUGGGCUUGUCGUGGACGCUUCGUACGGUAGGCUUCAUCAUGACGGCGACGCUGCUCGGCGCGUUGGCACUUUCGCGCCCGCGCGUUACGCGGCAGAACUCGAAGCAAACCUUCUCGUUCGGCGUCCUGAAGGACACGAGCUACGCGCUGUUCGCCGUUUCGUCCUUCUUCUGCUUCUGGGCCUUGUACUUCGGCUACUACUAUAAACAGCUGUCCGCGUACGCCCGAGAUGAGCUGAACUUCUCGUACGUGGAGAGCACGAUGAUAGUGCUGGAGCUCAACGUCGUCGGCAUACCCAUCCGCCUCCUGGUCGCCUACCUCGCCGACAGGCAUGUUCACCCUCAAGACGUGUUCUUAUGCAGCCUGUUCGGCGCAGCUGUGACCCUUUUCUGCUGGAUUCCUGUCAGAACCAGCACCGGUAUUUACGUCUUGACUGCUUUUUACGGCGUCGUGGCCGGCGCUAUUCAGACGCUCUUCCUCGCCGUUGCAUCAUCCUUUGUGACGGAUCACAACGUGGCGGGCGUGUACAUUGGUCUGGUAUGUACAGUAGUGUCGUUCGCGGCUCUGACGGGGCCUCCCGUGGGAGGCGCUAUCGUCGGCCAACACGGUCGCACAUACAUGAAUGGCGAGAUUUGGUCCGGCCUGUCGAUGAUGCUGAGCUUUUUCGUCUUGCUGUUGUCAAGGGUCCGACAGAGAGCCGUGUAG